AACGAAUCAAAUUUUGGACGUCACGAAUGACGAUGUGCGGAAAUGCUGACAGUGCUAGCUUUCAUUUCCGACCCGUAUGGAAACAGACGAGCCGCGUGAGCAUGAAAUCAGACGAGCAAAACUAAAAUUCCGUGGUCUCGAAAUGCGCUUCUCACUCACAAUUUUUCUGAUUAUUGCAGUCUCAUUCAGGAGUGGAAAUGGCCAGAGUAACAGUUACGGCUCAAAACAAUCUUACCUGGAGUCGAUAACAAAAGGAUCGGAGUACAACUGCAUGAAAACGUGUGUUCCUCAAGACCGGAAAAUAUUCGUUGAUGAAAACUACUUUUUCGGACCAGAUCCUAGGCCGACUGCGAACUGCGACAAAGAUAAUGAUAGGGCAAUUGACGUAAACCUGUGCAGAAUGAAUCCUGCGUUGACUGGCAACUUAUCCUACAUUUCAGGCGCAAUGUUUUUCUUUCCAAAUAUGACAACUACAUCUAAGCUUUCCUGGCAUGCAGCAUUGAAAGCGUGUCGCAACAAUCUCGGCCUUCAAAUGGCCAGCAUUUCGGACGAAAAGGAGAACAACGCUUUCGCGAAAUUCCUCAUGGAAAACAAAGCUGCCCUUAACAUGCAGAAGGACAGCUUUUGGACCUCAGGAGCAAAUUUUUUCGGCGACGACUUUACGUGGAUGGAAACAGGCGACAGAGUAGUUUACACAAACUGGGCCGGCGGGAAACUUUCCGGGGGUGGAAAAUGUAUUCAGAUUUCGCUGGCUGGAGGGAAGAUGGUGUGGAAGGACGCCGACUGCAGCACAGAAAGCAGGGUUGUUUGCGAGGUCAUGGAUGAAUGCUAUAAAAGCACUUGUGACACCAGUGCCACAAAAAAAUAAAUUUGUUCAAAUCUA